AUGGCCGAAGUCAUUAGGGACGAAGAGGUGCGCCGGCGCGUGCGACUUGCACAGGAGUUUCUUGACCCAGAUGAUGUUUCAAGGCGAAGCUACCGACCAGACAUUCUGGUGAUGCUCAACCGGGGACAGCGAAGACUCACUGUCAGCAUAGACGAAAUCCGCACGCACGACCGUGAACUCGCCGACGGCCUCCUAAAUCAGCCCUUCGAAUUCGCAGAAGCCUUUGACCGCGCCCUCAAAGAUGUUAUCCGCACAUUUGCAGACCGCCCCAAAUCGGAGACCGCCGAAGACGUCAUGUAUUAUUGUGCCUACGUCGGCAGCUUCGGCGAGUUCUCUUGCAACCCGCGCACCCUUGGCUCCAAUCAGCUCAACCACAUGGUUUCGCUCGAAGGAAUUGUUACCAAGACCUCUCUUGUCCGCCCAAAAGUGGUCAAGAGUGUGCAUUACAAUGAGAAAAAGCAAAGGUUCCAUGCGAGAGAGUACAGAGACCAGACCAUGACCACAGGUGCUGCAAGCACUAGUGUAUACCCUACAGAAGAUGAAGAGGGCAAUCCCCUUGUUACUGAGUACGGCUACUGCAUCUACCGCGAUCACCAGACCAUAUCCAUCCAAGAAAUGCCUGAGCGUGCCCCUGCUGGACAGUUGCCACGAUCUGUCGAUGUCAUUCUGGACGACGACCUUGUAGACCGAGUCAAGCCCGGCGACCGUAUCCAGCUAGUCGGUAUCUACCGGUCGCUUGGUAACCGUAACGCGGGAGCAGGCAGUUCGACUUUCCGCACACUAAUCCUCGCAAACAACAUCAUCUUGCUAUCCUCCAAAUCUGGUGGAGGAAUUGCCCAGGUCAACAUCACUGACACCGACAUCCGCAAUAUCAACAAGAUCGCGAAGAAUAGGCGUGUAUUCGAGCUUCUAUCACAAUCGCUUGCUCCUUCCAUAUACGGACACGACUAUAUCAAAAAGGCCAUAUUGCUCCUCCUCCUUGGAGGACAAGAGAAGAACCUGGAAAAUGGUACCCAUCUGAGAGGAGAUAUCAACAUUUUGAUGGUUGGUGACCCUUCUACGGCCAAGUCACAGCUGCUUCGGUUCGUGUUGAAUACGGCUCCUCUUGCCAUUGCCACAACCGGUCGUGGAUCUUCUGGUGUCGGUCUCACAGCAGCUGUCACUUCAGACAAAGAAACAGGCGAGCGACGACUGGAGGCUGGUGCUAUGGUUCUUGCAGAUCGUGGCGUGGUCUGUAUCGAUGAAUUUGACAAAAUGUCUGAUGUCGACCGAGUUGCAAUUCACGAAGUCAUGGAACAGCAAACUGUCACCAUUGCCAAAGCAGGUAUUCACACGUCGCUCAACGCUCGUUGCAGUGUGGUUGCUGCAGCCAACCCUAUAUUUGGACAGUACGAUAUCCACAAGGAUCCGCACCGCAACAUUGCUCUGCCAGACUCCCUCCUUUCGCGUUUCGAUUUGCUGUUCGUCGUUACAGAUGACAUCGAGGACGCUCGAGAUAGGCAGGUGUCUGAGCAUGUCCUUCGCAUGCAUCGAUAUCGCCAGCCUGGUACUGAGGAGGGCGCGCCUGUUCGCGAGGAAGGUGCUCAGCUUCUAGGCGUUGGCCUUGACACUGAAGCUGACGCCAACCGUCCAACCGAAGUGUACGAAAAAUUCAACCCCAUGUUACACUCUGGAGUUACCAUUACUGUAGGAAGGGGUGCUUCGCGGAGGACCGAAGUCCUCAGUAUCCCGUUCAUCAAAAAGUACAUCCAGUACGCCAAGCGUGAGAAGCCCAUCCUCACUAAGGGUGCUGCAGAUCACAUUGUGAGCGUCUAUUCUGCGCUUCGCAACGACGAGCUUGAUGCAGGUACCCGCCGAACUUCUCCCAUCACUGCGCGUACUCUUGAAACACUCAUCCGUCUUUCUACUGCGCACGCAAAAGCACGUCUAUCGAAGCGAGUUGAGCGGAAAGAUGCCGAUGUCGCGGAGCAAAUCCUACGAUUCGCUCUGUUCAAGGAAGUCGUCGAGGAUGACCGUCGCAAACGAAGACGUACAGCCCGCGACCCAGACGCCAUGUCCACAGACGAAGGGUCAUCAGGCGAUGAAGACGACGGUGAUGAAGCAGACGCUACACAGUCCCGACGGGCAGGCGGACCAUCUACUAGAAGCCAGCAGACAGCUACAGCACGCACUCCCGGUCCAGGAGCUGGUGAAGACGACGAUGACGAAGAGGCGAACGAAGAUCUAUACAGAGUUACACCAAAGACGCAACGUACCACCAACCGCUCGCAGUCUACCCGCGGCGAACCCUCGUCACAAUUCAGCGUUGCCUCAUCACAGCCCGAAUCUCAGCUUCCCCCUACUCAACCCGAGUCCCAAGAGUCCCAGGAGAUCACUCCCGCACGUCUACAAGUAUUCCAGACAGCACUUGGUCAGCUCAUCGACGGCCCAUUGUUUGCCAAUGAUACUGCAGAUGUGGAGCCCCUUGUAGCUGCAGUGAACGCGAGACUGGGUGGUGGUAGUGGAAGGGAGCCAUUUGGACAAGGCGAAGCGGAGAAGGCGCUCGAGGCGCUUAGUGAGAGGAACAAGAUCAUGUAUUCUGGCGGUAUUGUGUACAAGAUUUAG